CGCUAGGGUCACUUCCCAUUUCUGGACACUGCUGUCCCCAGUGCCAGCAGCACUGUGCGCGUUGUCUUUUCCCGGAGAAGCCGGGGAGACGGCUGAGGGCUUUGUGUCUCCCCUAACGCAGCACCACGGAGCACAGCCGGUGGAAAACACCAGCGGGGCAAGGUUUGCACAGAGGUUUUUCUGCACACCCGCUGCGAGAGGACGCGGGUGGUAGCCCUGCCACUUACGGCUCAGUGCCAGGGGCCCGAUCAGCUGCUGUCCGCCCCGGCUUCUCCAGUCUGAACCGAGCCCCAGCGCCGCUGCGGGUGGAGGCCCAGGGGGAUGCAGGGGGGGCCGCGGCGCUGCCCCGGAUGGGUGGCAGGGCUGUGCACGGGGGACAGGGGGGCGAGUGGGCCUGACACUGUUUUUUAGAGGAAAAGAGGAAAAAACGAGAGCGCUCUCUGCCUUUCCUCUGGGGAAGCUUUGGAGAGUGACGCAGUACGUCCAUGUUAACCGAGCGGGGAGCUGCGCUUUGCUAAGUGCGGCAACAACUGCUCCACCGGGCCCUCGGUGGCCUCUGCCAAAAGCUGAACAUGAGGUGACGUGCUCGCUCAGCAGCAUUUGCCAAAAGAGCACGCGUACGGCCUGCCCGCCCUCCCGCAGGCCUACAGCCCGUUCGGCACCACACAGCACGGCGCUCCCAGCCGGGUGGUACCGCGCCGGUGGCUGUCCGUGCACCUCCUCGUGGUGCUUCUCACACGAACAAACCUGUCAUUUGAGUUUACAGGCCGUGCUGGAUUCUCAGGACAGAAGCUACUGAGUGCUGCUGGAAAAUGGCAGGGAGAAAAGUCCUGAUAGUCUACGCACAUCAAGAGCCCAAGUCUUUGAAUGGAUCUUUGAAGACGGUUGCUGUAGAAGAAUUAAGCAAACAGGGCUGCACUGUCACCGUGUCUGAUUUAUACGCGAUGCAGUUUGAGCCAAGAGCAACGAGAAAUGACAUUGUUGAUUGCUUGCACAACUCAGAUGAGUUCAAUUACGGAGUGGAGACCUGGGAAGCUUACAAGAGAGGAGGUUUGUCCAAUGAUUUGAUUGAAGAGCAAAAGAAGGUGCAGGAAGCAGACCUGCUGAUUUUUCAGUUUCCUUUGUACUGGUUCAGCAUGCCAGCAAUCAUGAAGGGCUGGAUGGACAGAGUCUUGGUCCAAGGAUUUGCUCACGAAUUCCCAAACUGUUAUGAUUCCGGUUUGCUGAAGAGUAAGUUAGCCCUGUUUUCUUUCACCACUGGAGGAAGCAAAGAGAUGUAUGCAAAAGGAGGUAUCAAUGGUGAUAUCCAGUAUCUCCUGUGGCCCAUGCAGAAUACGUCUCUGAGGAGAAAAGGAAGGAGAUGCUGCUUGCUUGGGCCCAGCGUCUGAAGACUCUUUGGAAGGAAGAACCCAUAAACUGCUCUCCUGAGUGGUAUUUCAAGUAAUGUUCAGACACAAGACUACAGAAAAGAAUGUUUCCAUUCUUUUUGGUGCUUUAUCUCAACAUCUGAAUGCUGACCUCGUAAUUCAUAUGCAUUUUAGGUAUCUUGAGUACUACGGCUAGCAGCUUAGCUGACAAUAAAGAAUUUAUCUUUA